GGCCGUCAACGAGACGUGGCAAAGCCGUUGAUCAGAGCUGACGGAGUGUCCCUUCAUCGUAGUCACACGUUAGCAGCAAGAAGAGAGGAAUUAAAGUCACGGUACCUCACGAACUAAUAACUGACCCACCUGGACUGGAAACAUGGCCUCUAACAACGGCUCGGCCGGGAAGUGGGAGGUAGUGAAGAAAGGGAGAAAAAGUAACCCGGGAGGAGGGAAGUCUAACGGCGGAAACGGGGGUAGUAGGAAAGCCCUCGGGGAGUCUAACCAACCGUCCAGACCACCGGUGAAAAUGUCCGAGACGCUGUUCGAGGCUUUUGAGAAGAUGGGGAAGAAGAAGAACAAGGAGCAGGUUCCACCGCCAGCUGAGCCUCAGAGCAAGAAGCCCUCAUCCAAUAAACCAUCCAAGAAAUCCCAACCCAGCAGUGCAAACACACCAACAACUUACAAAACGCUGGAGCAAGCCUUCAAAGCUCUGGAUAUCGGGGAUCUGAAGCAGCAGCUGGCUCGCAGUCAGGCGCUGUUCCCAGAAAACCCGUCGGUCUGGGUCAAAGACCUGGCAGGAUACCUGAACCUGAAGCUAACUGCGCCAGACAACGAGCCCACACUCUGCAGCUACACUCACGACUAUCCAUACUGCCUUACAGGAAAAGAGCUGAAGGGCGUAGUCAAAGGCCUCAUCGGACGCUGCAGCAACGUUCUGCCUGAGUUCUUUGACUACUGUGUUUACACAAUGCUCAGGGAGCUGGACAAACAGCCAGGGGAACCUCUUCAUGGGUACAGGCUUUGCAUUCAGGCGAUUUUGCAGGACAAACCCAAAAUCGCCACGCAGAAAUUAUCAGAGUAUUUGGAGUUGUUACGAUCAGUCCAGAAUCGUCCGGCGAAAUGUUUGACCAUCAUGUGGGCUUUGGGUCAAGCUGGUUUCUAUGAUCUCAGCCAGGGCUUACGAGUGUGGCUCUGUAUCAUGCUUCCUGUUCUGGGGACGAAGUCCUUGUCCGCAUAUGCCAUCGCCUAUUUAGAAAGACUUCUCUUACUUCAUACAAACCUGACAAAAGGAUUUGGCAUCAUGGGUCCUAAAGAGUUUUUUCCUCUGCUUGAUUUUGCCUUCAUGCCCAAAAACGCCCUGUCACCCAGCUUGCAGGAGCAGCUGAGGCGUUUGUAUCCUCGACUUAAAGUCCUGGCGUUUGGAGCCAAACCGGAGAGCACGUUGCACACCUACCUGCCAUCUUUCCUGUCCAGAGCCACGCCGCAUUGUCCGGACGACAUGAAGAGGGAGCUGCUCAGCAGUAUGACUGAGUGCUUGUGUGUGGACGUUCAGAGCCUUGGAGUGUGGAGGCAGCUCUAUACGAAGCAUUUACCCCAAUCCAGUUUGCUGCUGAACCACUUACUGAAGUCUUGGAAUACGCUUCCACCAAAGUUGCAGAAGAACCUUGAAGAAACAAUCCAGUCCUUUAGAGUGACCAACGAUGAAAUGAGAGACACAAAUGAGUCUCAAGACCUUCAGGAGUGCAAUAGUUUGUGCCAGAACAUCCAGGUGAAGAUGCGUGGCCACGGGUUCCCCUGGUCCAAACUGCUCAUGGUUCUGCUUGUGUUCGCUGCCGGCUUUGUCGUCCAUGACGUCCGGUCUCACGGCUCAGUCGCAGAUUCCACCACGGCCAUGUAUCUGCACCGCUCUGGAGUCGCAGCCGUUUCCCAACAGGCCUGGAGCAAAAUAACCUUCUACACAAAGCAGGGCUUCAGCUGGCUGGAGAAAAACACUCCUCACUACUACUCUGAGUGUGUGCGUGUGUUGGGGCCAGUCAUGGAGCAGGGCGUAGAGAAAACGAAAGCAGCAGCCAUUAUCGUCUCUGAAAACGCCUCCCAGUUCAUCCUAUGGGUCAGAGAGACAACGCCACUGGUUAUAGACUGGGUGAACACCAACACUCCCGACAGCGUGUUCCAGGUGUUGGCGUACCUCAAAGAGCUUCUCCUCUUCAUCCACCAGAACUAUGUCCUCCCGGCGCUGACUUACAUAUCUGAGGUUUUACAACAAGCUUGGACCAACCUGCAGGACUCCUGCAAUGGGGAAGUGUCGGUGUCUUGUCUCCAGAGUCACGCGCUGCACUUCACAAACUCAACAUGGCAGCUGCUCCAACACACGACGUCGGCCAUCAAAACCUGGGCGCAGGAGCUGCUGACACGAGCGGGAUAACGCAACGCAAUCAGACUGAUUUUAAAAAUGCAAUAUAAACACACUGUGUGUGUAUAUAUAUGUAGAUGCUGUACACACACACACACACUUUGGGGCUCCUCUUAAGCCAUGAUCGUCGCUGUAGGACAGAAACUAACUCUUCUAUCAGAAAGACUUUUCUUGUCUUGAUUUCUGGCUACAUUUUAUAAAUCGAUUUGCUGUUGUAUUGAUGUUUCUACCAAUCUUUUUGUCACUGCUGGAUGUGGAGGUUGUAGUUUUUCUCUCCUUUUUCUACUGCAAGUUUCAGCUAAUCUUUACCCUCAAUAUCACAUUUAAUUUAUACAAAAAUAGAAAAAUGCAGGUUUGUAGAUUUAGACACCCUUUGUUAUUUAAAGAUGGAAUAAAGCAUGCUAUAAUGAAAUGAGAAUAAAUGAUGAAUAAUUCAGUUAAAUUCCUGAGGACCACUUCAUCUAGUCAGCUUUCGUCAAUGGAAAUGUGAAAUAUUUUUACAGUUGCAGAUUUAUUUAUUCCUCCAAUAAAGUUGACAUUAACAAGCAGAAGCAGCCUACAUCUGUUGAAAAUAUCUUUACUUUUUUUAAAACUCUUUUAUCUUGUCCUGUUUGUUUUAAUUCAAAUUCUAGGCUAAGAGAAGUACUGUGUAAACAUUCUUAAUUUGUGCCUGUGUAGCUUCAACGGGCUUCCUGUCUUGGGAUCACUAUUUCUGUACCAACAUCCCUGUUUUAUAUGAAACAUGGCAACAUUUCAGCCCGGUUCAUUCACUGACGGUUGUUUGUACAGCAGAUUGGAUGAAUACGGCAACCAGUGUCUUAAUUUGUGAUGAAAAUCCUUUGUAAUAAAGACUUAAAACUGAA